AGGCAUAGUAUUGUCGCUGUUUGCAUGUCUGUUUUAUGGAUUAACAUUUGUUCCUGCUAUUUAUGUUCAAGAACAUCCCGAUCAGUUUGCCGGUGGCUCACCGGAAGCACUGCCACAUGUUUUUGCUCAGUUUACUGGGAUCUUCGUUGCUAGCACAGUUAUUUUGAUAGUAUAUGCUAUUAUCAAAUGUAAUAAGCCGAUGGUCAAUCAUCAAAUUAUUUUACCUGCGUUUACCUCAGGUGCUAUGUGGGCUGUUGCACAAACUUCAUGGUUCAUUGCAAACAGUUACAUUGCUCAAUCGAUAUCAUUCCCUGUCAACAGUAUGGUAUCAGGUGUCGUUGGAGCUCUUUGGAGUGUAAUUUAUUUCAAAGAAAUUUACGGUGCUCGAAAUUUUAAAAUUUUAUCUUUUGCUAUAGUAAUUACCAUUUCGGGUGCUAUAAUGAUCGGAUCAUCAAAGGAUCUCUAA